UUUACCCCAUGCUUGCGGUGUAAAUCAGACCCCAUUGACCCGUUAGAGGACGACCUUUUCCACCUCUUUGAUAAAUUCCCAACUCCCAUGCCAGACACCAGCACUCCCAUGAUCCCCCCAGUAGGAGUCCAGGCCGUAGCGCUGUCCUCCGACUCGGUCCGCGUCUCCUGGGCCGACAACUCCAUGACCAAGAACCAGAAGUCGUCGGAGGUCCGGUACUACUCCGUCAAGUGGAAGUCCAGCGUGUCGACCAGCGGGAAGUACAAGUCUGCAGACACCACAGCUCUCAGCCACACCGUCACCGGACUCAAACCCAACACCAUGUACGAGUUUGCCGUCAUGGUAACCAAAGGUCGGAGGUCCAGCACCUGGAGCAUGACUGCCCACGCCACGACGUAUGAAGCAGCUCCAAGCUCCGCCCCCAAAGAUCUGACGGUCAUCAGUCGGGAAGGACGCCCUCGUGCCGUCCUCAUCAGCUGGCAGCCGCCGAUGGAGGCUAACGGACGGAUCACAGGCUACAUCCUGUACUACACCCUGGAUAAGAACAUGCCCAUCGACGACUGGGUGAUGGAGGCCAUCAGCGGCGACCGGCUGACCCACCAGGUCGUGGACCUGAACCUCGACACCGUAUACUACUUCAGGAUUCAGGCCAAAAACGCCAAAGGAGUGGGACCUCUGUCGGAGCCGGUGCAGUUCAGGACGGCUAAAGUGGAGCUUCCAGACAAGAUGGCCAACGACCAAGAGUCUCCCAUUGGUCAGAUGCGGCCACCGCACGGCAGCGUGACGCCUCAGAAGAACAGCUACCUGCUGGUCAUCAUCCUGGUCUCCGUGGGCGCCAUCAGCGUGGUCGUCGUCACGGCGCUCGUCUGCAUCCACCGCUCGUCCUCCCAGCAGAGGAAGAAGCGGGCCAGCCACGGCGCCGGGAAGCGUAAGGGCAGCCAGAAGGAGCUGCGGCCGCCGGACCUGUGGAUCCACCACGAGGAGAUGGAGAUGAAGAACCUGGAGAAGGCGCCGAGCGUCGCCCCGACCGGACGCGACUCGCCGCUGCAGGCCUGCCAGGACCGCCCCCAGGUGGCCCACAGCCAAUCAGAGAGCCAGAUGGGCAGCAAGAGCAGCCACUCAGGAGCCGACGGCGACGAGGCGUCCAGCGGCAUCUCCACUCUGGACCGGUCCAUCACGGCCAGGAGGGGAACCAGGGGCAAGAUGAUGAUCCCCAUGGACCUGCAGCCCAGCAGCACGCCUGUGGUCAGCGCCAUCCCGGUUCCUACGCUGGAAUCCUCUCAGUAUCCGGGGAUCCUGCCUUCACCGUCCUGCGGCUUCACACACAACAAGUUCAGCCUCAGGCCCAUGCCGUUCCCCAGCCUGACGGUGGACCGAGGAUACACACCAGCGAUGCCGUCCGACUCCUCCGCCGCCCCCCUGCUGCAGCAGCAGGCUCCGCCCCCUCCGGCCGCCCCGCUGCUGCCCGGCUCUGCCGCUCCCGCCGCCGACCUGGUGCCCCCGGUGGGGCCCGUCCCCGGGGCCCCCGCCGCCUCGGGCCCCUCGGAGGAGGCCCAGGCGGCGGCCGGGCGCAGCAUCCCCACGGCCUGUGUCCGGCCCACGCACCCCCUGCGCAGCUUCACCAACCCGCUGCUGCCGCCGCCGAUGGGAGCCAUCGACCCCAAGGUGUACACCUCCAUGCUGCCGCAGGCCGGUGCCAGCCUGCCGAAGCCCCAGGUGAAGACGGCGUCUCUGGGCCAGGCCGGGAAGGCCCGCUCCCCUCUGCUGCCCGUCUCCGUACCGACGGCGCCGGACCUGCAGGACGAAGGCGGAGCCAAGCCGGCAGAAGACCCGGCCACCAACGUGUACGAGCAGGACGACCUGUCGGAGCAGAUGGCCAGUCUAGAAGGACUGAUGCAGCAGCUCAACGCCAUCACCGGCUCCGCCUUCUAACCGCCGCCCGGCCCGGCCCGGUCGGUCCGGCCCGGUCCGGCUCUUCCUCAGCCACGGACCGAUCUGCUCUGACUGGCUGGUCGCCCAGAUCUCCA